CUUUGAAAAUCAGGUCUGACUUUAGCGCAAUCUUCUUUCAACUGUAAAUCAACCGUCGAAAGAUGGUACAACACUGCAAUGGCGUCUAUCUAUCUAUCUAAUGUUAUCUAAUCUAAUUCUCCGUUCCAAACAUGCUGCUGCCAUCCAUACUUCCUUUAACCUCCACCACCUUUAAGCUCCCUCUCCACCGUACGCCUCCUUUCUUCCCCCUUUCCCCCAACCAUCUCUCAACAUCCCAUGUCUGCUUCGCUUACCAAGACCAUAUCGGGGAAGACGCGCGCUGGCUCAGGGAGGAACAGCGCUGGUUGAGGGAGGAGCAGCGUUGGCUUAGGGAGGAGUCCCGCUGGAACGCCGAGCGCCAAUCCUUGUUGAAAGAAAUAGAUUCCCUCAAACUUCGAAUACAGGAGCUUGAAAGGCUCAACUCUCUUCAGGGUGCUUCCGUUUCAAAUAUCGCGAACCUGCUGCAGGUUAUAAAGGAUGGAGAAUAUGGAAAGGGUAUAGAUAGAAUUGCUGAUCGGACUGCUGCAUUGCCAUUAGAGGUUGAGGCAGCUAAAGAAAGAGAAGAUGAAGUUGUCAUAAAGGAGAUAAGCAAUCCAAAAGAGGAGCAAACUGUUACAAAGAGGACCGCCUUGAGAAUAGGAUCAGAAGGAAGCGAAGUAAAUGCAAUGCAGGAAGCUUUGCAAAGACUUGGGUUUUACUCAGGCGAAGAGGACAUAGAAUAUUCUAGCUUCUCAAGUGGAACAGAGCGAGCUGUAAAGACCUGGCAAGCAACAAUAGGAGCACCACAAGAUGGGAUUAUGACAGCAGCACUUCUGGACAUGUUAUUUGGAAAUCCUGGCGCGGGCAUGGUUAAAGCUCAAGACGACACGGAAAUGGAUCCGCAAAAGGGUGCAAAUGGAGCCCCAGUUACUGAAGUAACAAAUAUAUCUGAAGUUCAGCAGACUAUUGUGACUGAUGAGGGUGUUACAGAAGUUGGAGUUUCUGAACACAGGGUAUAUUUACUUGGAGAGAAUCGGUGGGAAGAACCUUCAAGACUUUCUGGUGGUAAAAAUCCCAUCACCCAGAGUAAAUCUGGAAAGGGAACGACCAAGUGCCUUACUUGUCGUGGAGAAGGCAGGUUAUUAUGUAUGGAAUGCGAUGGAACUGGAGAGCCUAAUAUCGAGCCACAGUUCCUGGAGUGGGUUGGUGAAGAGACAAAGUGCCCAUACUGUGAAGGUCUCGGAUACACAAAGUGUGAUGCCUGUGGGGGGAACUGAUCAAUCUUGCAUAGGUACAUAAGCAUUUGUAUGUAAAUACAUACAUACAUAGUGUGUGUGUAUAUAACAUAAGUACAUAACAUAACAUAACAAAAUGGAGUAGCAUUAUCUAUCUCUAGACAGGUCUAAACUCAAUGCCUUCAACGAUGAGCCCCGACUUUCCAUGUGGGCUAUUGAUCUCGAUCAACCAGACUUCAACUUCAUCGUAGCGAUGGUAGGCAUUGUAGAACUUGCCCAUUUCGAUCUCCAUCCAGCCGUCGCGUCUCUGGUGCCCGAUUUUGCCAGUUUCUUGUGAUGCUAAGUGCUCAGUGGUGCCAUGAUGAUCAAGGAAUCUUACUAUAGUGUUGGAUGACUUGAGGGCUUCCUUAGUUUGAUGCCAAAACACCAAGUAUGCUGCAUAAGUUGUGUUUUGUGACAGGGCCUCACUUCUUAUUCUCCCUUGUAUGUGAAUCCACCCUAUGGAUUUUAGCCAUGCCGCCUCACUAAACCUGCAUUUUAUCUCCAAAAUACAAUGAUCUUAAAAUUAUUGCUAUAUAAAUAGGUGUGUUGUGAUAUUUUAAAAAUAA